AUGUCCACCCCUUCUUCCUCAUCCUUCAAAACAAAGGUGAUCUUAAUCGCCAUGGUUUGCCUGGGCUGCACUAUGGAGUUGUCCAAGAUAAAGGCCCACAUCUUGAAACCAAAAUGGGUGUUGAUGACGGUGGUUGCUCAGUCUGGUGUGAUGCCUCUCUUGGCCUUCUCCCUGGCCAAAUUGCUCCAGCUGAGCCCUGCGGAGGCUGUCACCGUCCUGGCCUGUGGCUGCUGUCCGGGUGGAUACCUCUCCAACAUCUUGACCCUGGGAGUCAAGGGUGAUGUGAAUCUCAGUCUUGUGAUGACCACUUUCUCCACAAUACUGGCAAUGGGCCUCAUGCCCCUCCUGCUGUACCUCUAUAGCCAGGGCUUAUCUGAUGUGAGCAUCGCUGUGCCCUACACCGGCAUCAUCGUGGCUUUGGCCAUGACCACACUGCCCUGUGCUGCUGGAUUCGGUAUGAGACACUAUGCACCCCAACAGGCAAAGCUUGUCAGCAAGGUGGGGAUGUGCAUGGUGCUGGUAACAUUGAUUGUCCUUGGCAUUCUGAUCGCCAUUGCAGUAGGAGAGGCCAUCCAGACAGUGACUUCACCUCAGCUUGUGGUCACAGCCGCGCUGAUGCCACUGUUUGGAUAUAUACUUGGAUAUGUCUUGUCUUCUCUCUUCAAGCUUAACCAACUUUCUAGAAGGACUGUUGCCAUGGAGACAGGUUGCCAGAACCUCCAACUGUGCCUCACCAUCCUAAUGAUGUCCUUCCCAGCAGAGUUCAUUGGUCUGCUAUACCACUUUCCUAUUGUCUAUCUUGCUUUCCAGCUGUCUGGGGCUUUGGUUUUCAUGAAAUCUCCAAAGGAAACCGCAGUGUAA